AUGACUCAAACAGAAGAUAAAUGGAGACCGGUAUCAUUUCGAAGCAUUAGUGACCCUGAAAGGUUUGAAUCAAGCGUGCACGAAGAGUUCCCCCCAAGUGUAUUGGACGUCAAUGAGUCCAUCGUGUUAGGAGUAGAUGAGGCAGGAAGAGGACCGGUUCUAGGUCCUAUGGUAUAUGGAGUGGCAUUUUGCAGUGAAGAGGUUCUGACCAACUUGCAAAAGGAUUAUGGGUUUGCAGACUCCAAAGUGUUAAAAGAGGCUGUUAGAGAACUGUUGUUUAAGAGAAUAGAAGAUGGGGAUUUAUAUGAUAAAAUUGGUUGGGCUACUACUACAUUGACUGCAAGAGAUAUUCUGCUGGGGAUGCUUGGGAAGAAAAACUAUAAUUUGAACGAACAAGCACAUGAUACAACCAUAGAAUUGAUACGAAGAGUCUUAGCUAAAGGUGUCCAUUUGACCAAAGUAUUUGUUGAUACAGUGGGUCCACCAGUUAAAUAUCAAGCGAAAUUACAAAGCUAUUUCCCUGGAAUUGAAAUAACGGUGUCCAAAAAGGCAGAUAGUAUAUACCCCAUUGUUUCUGUGGCCUCGGUCAUGGCUAAAGUCACUAGAGAUGGUUAUUUGAAGUACUUUGAAGACCAAAUAGGAACAACUUUAGGCAGUGGAUAUCCUUCUGAUCCUAACACUACCAAAUGGCUCAAUGGGACUGCCGAUGAUAUUUUUGGUUGGAAUCCUUAUGGAAUUGUAAGAUAUCUGUGGCAACCUGCUAAGGAUAGACUUAAAAAGUCUCCAAUAGAAGUUUCUUAUCCACUGGAAGAGGAAGACCCUGCAGAUGGUAUUACUUCCUUCUUCAACGAUUCGAAACCUGUCAAAGAAUCAUUAGAAUAUUACGGUCAAUCAGUGGCAUUAUAA